AUGACGUUAAAGCUGAUGCACAGUAGUGCUAAAAGGGAUGUCUUCUAUACCGAGAGGACUUCAAAUCAACAGUAUGACUUAUACGGACAAAAAGGAAACGACGUCACAGGAACUUAUACAAAGGGGAGUAACUGGAUGUUCUUAAUUUUGAACAGAAGGGAAUACUAUGUCAACAAUGAUAAAACAUUUAUAAAGGACAGAGUGGUGUACUCGUCUGACAACAUCCAAAGUGACGUCAGAGAGCUCAAUGAACGCCAUGAUCAACGUCUGUUCGCUGAUAGUGUUAGCAAGGAAAUGUGGCAUUUCAAAGUGAGAGACGGAACACCGUCUAUCAAUGGAACCCCGAAAAAGUUCGACCUAGGAAAGUGGACAAAUGAGCAAAAUGUGGCAAAUAGAUACCUGCUGGAAAGGGAACUGGGCAAGGAUAAUUUUGGAAAGGUAUACCUCGGUACCAACCUACUUACUGGAAAACAAGUGGCCGUCAAAGUGCACUACCAGAGUUAUGCAUAUCUCCGACACGAGUACAACGUAUACAAGGAAAUCCAAGGAGGAGAUGGUAUUCCCAAGGUCAUGUGGUAUGGGAGGGAGGGAAAGUCUGACGUCAUGGUAAUGGAACUACUGGGAGCGAGCCUCCAGGAUCGUUUUGUCACACAUUCACGUAAAUUCAGUCUGAAAAUGGUUUUACUUCUGGCUGAGGCAAUGAUAAAUAGAUUGGAGUAUAUUCAUUCUCAUGGAUUUAUCUACCGUGACGUCAAGCCGGGACACUUUUUAACGGGCUUGGGAAAUAAAGAAAACUCAAUAUAUAUUGUAGACUUUGGGUUAUCCAAGAGGUUUCGGGAUACAAACACGCAAGAGCACAUUCCAUACAUUGCAAAUAAGAGCUUCGUUGGGUCCUUGACUUAUGCAAGUGUAAAUUCACAGCUAGGAAUUCAACAGAGUCGACGGGAUGAUAUGGAAUCUCUAGGAUAUGUCUUGGUAUACUUCCUUCGGGGUACUCUGCCUUGGCUCGAGGCCAAUUAUAAAACCACGAAAGAGAAGUAUGCAGAAACUCUUGACCAGAAGAUGACGAUUUCAAAGCAGUCUCUAUGUUAUGAUUGCCCAGUGGAAUUCUUCAUAUAUAUAAAGAUUUGCCAAUCUAUAAAGUUUGCUGCUAAACCUGAUUACGUUCGUUUAAGAAACCUUUUCAAAAAUGUGUUUACCAGAUACAAUUUCACUUUAGAUCAGAAGUUUGGUUGGAGAGAUUCGACAACAGGGCGAGAAGAACGACACAGGGAUACAACCACCGUUAAUCCAUUAGUUAAACGCUGGCUAUAUAGAAAAUAG